CAGUUGGCCUGCACCCCAAACAAAACAACCUUCACAGGACAAACCACAUUUGACAACUUGCAUCAUUUUGUCCGGCCACAUCGCGAUCCACAAGUAUUUUACGACCUCCUGCAACCUGCAACUUUACGCAACGCGCAAAUUUACUCCUCCAAAUCUACAUAAAGUACCUUCAAGAUGGCCGACAUCACAGGCGCCAGCACUGCCACCGAACCGGUCAUCGAGAAGAAGGAGACCGAGCCUACCACUAGCUCUACUACCACCGACGCAACUGCCAAGAAGGAUGAAAGCGCGGUACGUCUGACCGUUUUGUUUGUCGCGAUCAUGAGGUUGCGAGGGACCAAGCUUGAGCUUGGUGGGGGUUGGCGGGGAUGUUGAAGGAGGGGUAUCGUGAUUUUUUUUACUGACUAUGGAAAUCUUUCGCAGACCUUGACCGAGCAAGCCACCGCCGCUGCAUCCACCGCUGCUACCUCCGUUACCUCUGCCGCCGCUGGUGUUAAGGACAAUGUCUUUUCGAUGUUUGGAGGUGGAGCCAAGAAGGAGAAGGUAGAAGAUGAGGAUCGUGGCGAGAACUCCGGAUCCGCAAAGGCUCAGAAGGAGGCUGCUGCUUCAGAGAACCCCGAGGUAUGCCAACGAUAGGAAUUCAUCACAGAUGGAAAUACAUGCAGAUGGCAGGGUGCUGAUCUGAUUUUUUAUCUAGGACGAAGCACCAGAGUCUGAGGAUGUGCACUUUGAGCCUGUCAUCCGUCUCACCGAGAAAGUCGAAGUCAAGACCAACGAAGAGCUCGAGGAGCAGAUGUUCAAGAUGCGCGCAAAGCUCUUCAAGUUCGACAAGAGCAACAACGAGUGGAAGGAGCGUGGGACUGGUGAUGUUAGACUCUUGAAGCACAAGGAGAACCAAAAGACCAGAUUGGUUAUGCGCAGAGACAAGACUUUGAAGGUUUGCGCCAACCACUACAGUAUGUGCAUAUCUAUUCUUCUUCCCCGGGAAUCGGGAGAGUUAUUUGCACGCAAUGCUGAUUUCUCUAGUCGUCCCUGAGAUGAAGCUCUCCCCCAACGUUGGAUCCGACCGAAGCUGGGUUUGGAACGCUGCCGCGGAUGUCAGUGAGGGUGAGCCAGAGGCGCAAACUCUUGCUAUUCGAUUUGCCAACUCCGAAAGUAUGUCAAAAUCUUCAAUUCACUUAUCCCGACACAAAAACUAAUGGUUUCGUCACAGAUGCCAACCAGUUCAAGGAGGCAUUCAUCAAGGCCCAACAAGAUAACGAGGUUCUUUUCGCCAAGUCUUAAACAGCCCAUGGCCAACUUUACACGUUGAGGACUCAUUGAAAAUUUUCAAUUCCAAUCCAAGUAACGACACCUUUCACAUCGACCACGAAAGUUACGAGAACCGCUUUUGCACGAAUUACAUCAACCCUUUCCCAAUAAAAACACAAAUUCCCCCACCCGCGCGUCACGUUAAUUUUGUUCGGCCGAGAAGUUUCCCCGCACCUCUUUGUAAACAAUCAUUGGGUUCGUCCCUUGACGGAAUCUGGCGAUACUUUUCAUUCUUCUUCUCCCCUUUUCAUACUUUCAUGCAUUGUGUGGGCGAAGUCAUAGAUUUGAUGAUGGUGGAGGACAUUGAAACGAGUUCUUCCGCCUCUU